GCAGAGCCUCAAUUCUUCUCCAAUGGCGGCUUCUGCUACAUUAAUGUCUAUGGCACACGAAAGAAAAGUUGAGAAUCUGAGAGGUUUUAUGGUGAAUUUGGCGAAAUCAAGAGGCUUUUCCCUUCCUGAGACUAAACGUUUCCAACAGAAAUUCUUGGAUCUGUGUUUAUCCCGUACUCCUGAUCAUCCCACUUAUUCCGCUAUGAUAUUUAUUGCUAUCAUGGAUUUGAAUGAAGAAGGUGGCGCAAGUGAAGAUGUUAUAUCUGAGUUUAUAAAGUCCAAGUACAAGAACUUGCCAUUUGCUCACAAGAGUUUGCUCAGUCAUCACUUAGCUAAGCUUGUGGAGAAAAGAGAGAUACUUUGUGACUGCAACAGCUACUGUUACUCUCUCCCGGGUGAGAAGAAGACUGUUGCUUCCACUGAUGUUGAGAGAAAGAGCGCUGUGAUAACUGUGAGAAAAAAUGAUCAGCGUGUGGGGAAUGAGGUUAUGACUUGCCAAAACGAGGAAGAAAGUGUUGAAAUUUUAAAGUCUGGGGAUCGUAAGGUUGAUUUGUUGGAAGAACAGAGUUUGACUAAAUCCCGAACUGGCUCCAAACGUAAAGCAUGUUGUGCCAUUAAAGUCAUUGAAGUAAGGCACACAGAAGAUAAUGGAGUCAAAGCAGAUUUAAGGGAUUCGAGUAUUCAAACUCCUAGGAAAGAGGGAGUUGCUGAAGAACCAGGAGUGGCUGUUGAAAAUAGUGAGACUGAAGCUAGGAUUGAAGCAAACAGUAGAGGAGGUGAAUUAUAUGAAGUAGCUGUUCAAUAUAAGCAAAAUGAUGUGUUGACGGAAGAGUCGGGUAAAGAAGCAAUGGAAACAAGCUCAAAAGAGAGAAAAGCAAAACUGUGUAGAACAUCUAACACAACGAAAGAAGCAUGUGUGGAAGUGACGAGUGAAGCAUAUAAAAAACUUUGGGAGUGCCAAACCGAAGCAUGCAGCAAUAUCAUUGCUCUAGAGAAAAUGCUUAAACAGUGCAAAGAGAAAGACCAGCAGAACAAAGCUGUUUCAGAAAUUGAUGAUGUUUCUCGUUUGCCUUUAUCAAUGGAAAGCUGCAGAGAACUGUGGAAGGCUGCCCAAAAGAUACAAAACCAGCUCUCUGAGAUCAUCGAUUCCUGUGAUGAAACCGUGGUUCCAUAUUCUGAAUCUCCAGGAUGUGAAAUCGAAGGUAUAAGCAAAGGAUUAUGCAAAGAGGAUCCCAAGAUGAAAACUCCUUGUGGGAAUAGUGGAUCUGAAAAACCCUCCAAACAGAUUGAACAGAAGGAAAGACAGAAGUGUUCUCAAAAGAAACCACAGGUCAAGAAAACGAGAAUCAAAAGACUCCGAGACAUAGGAACAACAGCUGUGAGGAAAUCGCCUCGAUUCAGCUGAUGAAACUCAUAAAAAUAUGCUUCUGAAGAGCAUGAUAUCUUAUAAAGGUUAGGUUGUAAUUUAAUAUCAGUAUCUACAUAAGUGCAACAUCUUGAAGAGUUUGAAUAUAAAUUUUUAGUUUUC